CCCGCUCGGCUCCGGCGCGGCGGCGACGGCGGCGGCGCUUCCGCCUGGCCGGCCUCGGCCCGGUGCGAGCGGUCCCACGAUGUGGUUGGGCCCGGAGGAGGUGCUGGUGGCCAACGCGCUUUGGGUGACGGAGCGGGCCAACCCCUUCUUCGUGCUGCAGCGGCGCCGCGGCCACGGCAAGGGCGGCGGCCUCACGGGUCUUCUUGUGGGCACCCUGGACGUGGUGUUGGACUCCAGUGCCCGCGUGGCCCCUUAUCGAAUCCUGCACCAGACCCAGGACUCCCAGGUCUACUGGACAGUGGCAUGUGGUUCUUCCCGCAAAGAGAUCACAAAGCACUGGGAAUGGCUGGAAAAUAACUUACUCCAGACGCUGUCCAUCUUUGACAAUGAGGAAGAUAUCACCACCUUUGUCAAGGGCAAGAUACACGGCAUCAUCGCAGAAGAGAACAAGAACCUGCAGCCCCAGGGAGACGAGGACCCCGGAAAGUUCAAGGAGGCCGAGCUGAAGAUGCGGAAGCAGUUCGGGAUGCCAGAGGGGGAGAAGUUGGUCAACUACUACUCCUGCAGCUACUGGAAAGGUCGCGUGCCCCGGCAGGGCUGGCUCUACCUGACCGUCAACCACCUGUGCUUCUACUCGUUCCUGCUGGGGAAGGAAGUGAGCCUGGUGGUGCAAUGGGUAGACGUCACAAGGCUGGAGAAGAAUGCCACACUGCUCUUCCCCGAGAGCAUCCGUGUGGACACCCGGGACCAGGAGCUCUUCUUUUCCAUGUUCCUGAACAUUGGUGAGACCUUCAAGCUCAUGGAGCAGCUGGCCAACCUGGCCAUGCGGCAGCUGCUGGACAGUGAGGGCUUCCUGGAGGACAAGGCACUGCCCCGGCCUUCCCGGCCACACAGGAACAUCUCGGCUCUGAAGCGAGACCUGGAUGCCCGAGCCAAGAAUGAGUGCUACCGGGCCACGUUCCGGCUGCCCAGGGACGAGCGCCUGGAUGGCCACACAGGCUGUACGCUGUGGACCCCGUUCAACAAACUGCACAUCCCUGGCCAGAUGUUCAUCUCCAGCAACUACAUCUGCUUUGCCAGCAAAGAGGAGGACGCAUGCCACCUCAUCAUACCCCUCCGGGAGGUGACUAUUGUUGAAAAAGCUGACAGCUCCAGUGUCCUGCCCAGUCCUCUGUCCAUUAGCACCAAGAGCAAAAUGACCUUCUUGUUCGCCAACCUGAAAGAUCGUGAUUUUUUAGUUCAGAGGAUCUCUGACUUCCUCCAGAAGAUGCCAUCCAAGCAGCCGGGUGGCAGUGGAGUGGGAAGAAAAGCCAGCACCAUGGAGCCGGCCCCAGAGCCUUGCCCAGCUCCUCCAAAGGCGUCAGAUCAGCUCACCAGUCCCUCCACACCCCUUGGUGGUCGCCAAAGCUCCAGCGUACAGGAUGCACCGACCUCUUCCCAGGGUCUACUCAAACUCUUCCAGAGAAAUUCGCCCAUGGAGGACCUGGGGGCCAAGGGGGCUAAGGAGAAGAUGAAAGAGGAGUCGUGGAACAUUCACUUCUUUGAGUACGGGCGUGGUAUGUGCAUGUACCGCACGGCCAGAACGCGGGAGCUGGUGCUGAAAGGCAUCCCCGAGAGCCUCCGGGGAGAGCUGUGGCUCCUCUUCUCUGGGGCCUGGAAUGAGAUGGUGACUCACCCUGGCUACUACGAGGAGCUGGUGGAGAAGUCCACAGGGAAGUACAGCCUGGCCACAGAGGAGAUUGAGCGAGAUCUCCACCGCUCCAUGCCUGAGCACCCCGCCUUCCAGAACGAGCUCGGGAUCGCUGCUCUCCGGCGGGUGCUGACUGCCUACGCUUUCCGAAACCCCACCAUCGGCUACUGUCAGGCCAUGAACAUCGUCACCUCAGUGCUCCUGCUCUAUGGCAGCGAGGAGGAGGCCUUCUGGCUGCUGGUGGCCCUCUGUGAGCGCAUGCUGCCCGACUACUACAACACCAGAGUGGUGGGGGCCCUGGUGGAUCAAGGCAUCUUUGAAGAGCUGACGAGAGACUUCCUGCCCCAGCUCUCCGAGAAGAUGCAGGACCUGGGGGUGAUUUCCAGCAUCUCACUCUCCUGGUUCCUGACCCUCUUCCUCAGCGUCAUGCCCUUCGAGAGCGCUGUGGUCAUUGUUGACUGCUUCUUCUACGAGGGCAUCAAGGUGAUCCUGCAGGUGGCCUUGGCCAUCCUGGAUGCCAACAUGGAGCAGCUGCUAGGCUGCAGCGACGAGGGCGAGGCCAUGACCGUCCUGGGCAGAUACCUGGAUAAUGUGGUUAAUAAGCAGAGUGUUUCUCCUCCUAUCCCACACCUCCACGCCCUGCUGACUAGUGGAGAUGACCCUCCCACAGCGGUGGACAUCUUCGACCUCCUGAAGGUGUCAUAUGAGAAAUUCAGCAGCCUGAGGGCCGACGACAUUGAACAGAUGCGGUUUAAGCAGAGGCUGAAAGUGAUCCAGUCCCUGGAGGAUACGGCCAAGAGGAGCGUGGUCCGAGCUAUACCUGGGGACAUUGGUUUCUCAAUUGAAGAGCUGGAGGACCUUUACAUGGUGUUUAAGGCCAAGCACCUGGCAAGUCAGUACUGGGGGAGCAGCCGCCCCACGGCUGUGCGUCGGGACCCCAGCCUGCCGUACCUGGAGCAGUACCGUAUCGAUGCAGGCCAGUUCCGGGAACUCUUCGCCAGCCUGACACCCUGGGCCUGCGGCUCCCACACGCCUGUACUGGCGGGGCGCAUGUUCCGGCUCCUGGAUGAAAACAAGGACUCUCUGAUCAACUUCAAGGAGUUUGUGACAGGAAUGAGCGGGAUGUACCAUGGGGACCUGACCGAGAAGCUCAAGGCACUCUACAAGUUGCACCUGCCCCCAGCCCUGAGCCCAGAGGAGGCAGAGUCAGCCCUGGAAGCGACCCAUUACUUCACAGAGGACAGCUCCUCAGAAGCAUCUCCUCUGGCCUCAGAUCUGGACAUUUUCCUGCCCUGGGAGGCUCAAGAAGCACUACGGCAGGAAGAGCAAGAGGGAGGUGGAAAUGAGGACGUCCAAGACAAAAAAGGAGAAGAGAAGGGGAUCAGUCCUCCAGACUAUCGCCACUACCUUCGCAUGUGGGCCAAAGAGAAGGAGGUUCAGAAGGAGACGAUUAAGGAUCUUCCCAAGAUGAACCAGGAACAGUUCAUUGAGCUGUGCAAGACGCUUUAUAACAUGUUCAGUGAGGACCCCAUGGAGCAGGACUUGUACCAUGCCAUUGCCACGGUGGCGAGCCUCCUACUCCGCAUCGGCGAGGUGGGGAAGAAGUUUUCUGUGCAGCCGGGCAGGAAGCCCCAGGACGGUGCACCCGAGGAGGAUGAGCUGCCCGCCCCAGACCCCCUGCAGGACCCGGCCCCAGAGCUUCAGCCUCCAGCUGCAGGCGACCCCCAGGCCAAAGCCGGGGGAGACACCCACCUUGGGAAAGCUCCCCAGGAGAGCCAAGUGGUUGGCGAAGGGGGCGGCGGCGAGGGGAGGGGCUCCCCCCCCCAGCUUCUGUCCGACGACGAAACCAAAGACGACAUGUCCAUGUCCUCCUACUCGGUGGUCAGCACAGGCUCCCUGCAGUGCGAGGACCUGGCCGACGACACGGUGCUGGUAGGCGGGGAGGCCCGAAGCCCCCCAGCCAUUGCCCGCUGUGGGGGCACCGUGGACACCGACUGGUGCAUUUCCUUCGAGCAGAUCUUAGCCUCCAUCCUGACGGAGUCCGUUCUGGUGAACUUCUUUGAGAAGAGGGUGGACAUUGGACUCAAGAUCAAGGACCAAAAGAAGGUGGAGAGACAGUUCAGCACCUCCAGUGACCUCGAACAGUCUGGACUUUCAGGCUGACGGGGACCUGGGCUUGUCUCUCCUCCCCUCCUCCUCCUCCCUCCUGUUCUCUUUUCUCCUUAAGGACACACCCCUCCUGUUCUCCCCAGAUGCAGUGAGUUGUAAUCAAGGGGAAAACAAGGCUGAACAGCCACAGUUGGGCCCAGACAGAGGCUCCCAGCCCCUUCUUCCUGCCUGCCUGGUGGGACCCGCCUUGGUCCCCAUGUAGUGUCAGAGGCUGUCCGUCCUGGCCUGCUCGCCCAGAGCCUCUGUGCCCCAUGCUGUGGCCAGGCCACACCACGCCCUCCACCCCUGGGGAGGAUGGGGGUUCCCAAAGCUGUGUAUUCGGUGGGGGGGGG